AUGUAUAAUAGAUAUUAUUUAAUACCUACAUUAGUCUGUUUAUGGGGAAUAUACUACAGUAUUGUAACACAUUACAUAUCUAAUAAUAGUUAUGCAUAUAAAUUUCACAAUGAAGAUUUGAAUACGAUUUUUAAUCCCAGUAAGGCUUCGUGGAAUUUUACCUUUCCUUGGAUUGAUAGCCUUCCAAGUUUUUCAGUACCUAAUAUUAAAAUCGAGCUUCAAAAGAAGGGAUCACAUAAAUUAUCUUCAAAUUCAUAUUUACCUAAUGAUUUUCCCUUCAGGGAUAGAAGCCAAAAAGGCCAGGAAAAUGCUACAAUGGUGAUGUUAGUACGAAAUCGGGAGUUGAAAGGUGCAUUGCAAUCAAUGAGGUCAUUAGAAGAUAGAUUCAAUAGAAAUUAUAGAUAUCCAUGGGUAUUCUUAAAUGACAAGCCGUUUGAUACUGAUUUUAUAGAACAAACUACAUUAAUGGCCAGUGGCCAAACAUAUUAUGAAUUAAUACCUAGUGAGGACUGGGAACCACCAUCGUUUAUUGACAAGGAUAUAAUGGAAGAAAAAUUAUUGAAAGCACACCAAGAUGGCGUUAUUUAUGGUGGAUCAUGGUCUUACAGGAAUAUGUGUCACUUCAACUCAGGAUAUUUUUAUAAACAAAAAAGAUUAUUAAAUUAUGAUUGGUAUUUUAGGGUAGAGCCUGAUGUCAAAUACAUGUGUGAUUUUCAGUAUGACCCUUUUACGUUAUUGAGAGAAAAUAAUAAGAUAUACGGGUUUGUCCUAGCUAUUCACGACUAUGAAAAUACAAUGCCAUCGUUGUGGCCCACUGUCGAGAACUUCAUGCGUGAUCACAAAGAUUUAAUUCACCCUAAUAAUUCCAUAGAGUUUAUCACCUCUAAUGAGACUUCUUUGAACUACAAUUUCGAGCUACCCGAAUCGAAUACCUCAUACAACCUCUGUCAUUUUUGGUCCAACUUUGAAAUUGGUAGCCUAAACUUUUUUAGAAGUGAAGCCUACGAGACAUACUUCAAUUACUUGGAUAAAGCAGGUGGGUUUUUCUACGAAAGAUGGGGAGAUGCCCCUGUUCAUUCUAUAGGGUUAAAUUUACUAGCCGAUAAAGAUAGCAUACACCACUUUGAAGAUAUAGGGUACUUUCAUGUACCGUAUUUAGCCUGUCCUACGUCGAUUGACGUACUUGCAUCAAAACGAUGUGUAUGUAAGACUAAAGAUCUUGAAAAUCACGAUCCAGAGACACCUCAUGAUAUCCAGCCUUUCAGUUGCUUGAGUAGAUGGUGGAGAUAUGGGUCAGGUAAAAGGUUCUUAAAUGAAAUUGACUACACAUUCAACAAUUAG